AUGUUGCGGCCUUGGUUCGCUUCAGGUGGCAAUGCCACAGUGUUGAUGGCAGAGCAGAAGGGCAAGAUGCUGCAAGCACUCGAAGUUUGGCGUCACCGCGACCUCCGCGGAACUGCCGAGAGCGGAGCCUCUGCUGGAACCGCCGCCAGCCACAGCACCGGUGAGGUCUGCUACCGAAAGCACUGGAGGCUCCGUCUCCAGGCACCGUGUGGCGCGCAAACCAGCAGUGCCUUUGGCACCGAGACGCCAGGGCGCACGGUCGAUGGAGUCCAUGUCUUGCGAUCGUCCUGCGAAGACUGGAAGUCUUUCCUUGCACGACGACUUGGAGUGUCCGCCUCCGCGGGAGAAGCGAGAGCGAAGAAAGGCCCCGCUCCCAAAGUGGAGCCCCAGGCCGAGUUCGGCCGAAAGCUUAACUGA